AUGAGAAUCAAGGGAAUCAAGUUCCCGACGAUCAACCCUGAAGAUAAGGAGCAGAUCAAUAAGUCGUACACGUUCUCAUCAUUUAAUGCCGCAAACGUUGAUAACGCACAAGGACCGAUGGGAAUCAGAGUAAUGGCAAUAAACCUACGAGGACCAAUGGAAAUUGACGUCAGAGAGUUGGAUCAGCUCCUGCAGAACAUAAACAACAAUAACUACGACGAAGAGUACAUACAGGAGGUGAGACGGAAGCUGCUGGGAACAAUAGAAGUGCUGUCGAGUAAGUCGAACCUGAGCGACCACUACAGCCAGCUGCUGGACAAGAUACUGAGGCUAAACGACUCGCUGCUGAUGCUGUGUAACACGGACGCAGCAGCAGGGAACACGGCACCAGCACAAGGAGUGGACACCUUAGGAACCACACGAAGCAAUUUGGGAACGGGAGUCAGCAGUAGACACCCAAGCACCGUAGACGGAGAGUCCAGUAACAAUAGAGUGGGAGCUGGAGUGUUCGGCGGAACCUCAGGUGCACUGAUGGGUAUGGGCGGCAUGGCGGGAAGGACAGGCGACAACGCAGCCACAGUGAACAGGAGGAUCGACAACCUGAUGGAGUUCGGAGACUCGUCAGCGUCGGCGCCCAAGGACGACUUUGACUUUUUCAACCCGUUCGAUACGGACAGCGCAACGGGGGCAGAUGGCACUAGUAGCGUCGCAGGAGGCCCAGGAGCACACGCCAACAGGAGUGGCCACGUAGGCAGCGGCAUCGCCGGCGUCGCUGGCCCGUCGACAUCGAGCUCAGCCUCGAAAAAGGACGACGUCAAGGAGAACCUGGACGACAUAUUCAACUUCAUCUCCCUUAACUCGGCGGACAAGGAGGACUCGGACGCGAAGGAAGACUCGGACGACGACGAACAGCUGUUCGAAGACGAAGACGAGCUGAUAAACAACUUCAUCAACUCGCCAACGUCUUUCAGCUACAUGGACGAAGGACUGGGCUCAGGAGUGGGUGCUGGACUGGGUGCUGGAGUGAGCUCAGGAGUGUGCCCGGCAGUGGCAGGUCAAGGGCCGGGAGGCGCCGGGAACGACAUUGGCACGGGGCUCGGCAGCGCAGGCUCCUUCGGCUCAAACGACGCCAACAGCGCAAGUGUGGCCACAAACGCGUGCGUUUUCGGAAGUAGGGAGGGCAGCAGAAGCGGAGUCUCGGUGAGCGGCGAAGCCCUGGAGAGCGCAAGGAGCUUCACAAGCGAGGCGGCAUCAGAGCGCAUCAGCAGGGAGGAAUUGAAGUCGGAAGGAGACGCGAAGGCCGCGAACGGCGAAAACAGCGAAGAGCCGGAAGGCGGCGCAAAGGAAUCCAGGGAAAAAAACCUGAGCGAACUGGUGUCGCAGCUGGACAACCUGGAAGUGGACUUCGGCCACAUGUCAGAACCAUUUGAAGCGAGAGUAGCGUCAAGAAAGGGCCAAGAGGAGCAAAAAUUAGAACAAAGGAAGCAUAAGCAGGUAGGGACCGCGAUGCUGUGCCAAGCAGGGGAAAGCAGGCUUUAA